AUGUUUAUCCAUUCGUCCUACUGUAUUUUAAUCGCUGCUCUUGCCACAUCCGCCUAUGGUUUCGAGUAUCGUUUCGAUGACACUCUGCGAUCUUCAACAGCAGCAUCAAUACCAUCAGCGGCAGAUGGCAAUCCAAACCUUACUGCAGCUCAAGUGCUCGGUUCAGACGACAACUAUUGCCUUGUCUUUGAGGACCAUUUCAAUACCUUUGAUUUAAAGAAUUGGCAGCAUGAAAUCAGUCUUAGUGGAGGUGGCAACUGGGAAUUCCAAUACUAUACCAACAACAGAUCCAACAGUUUUGUUGAAGAUGGUAUCCUGUACUUGAAGCCAACCAUGACAUCUGCCACCAUUGGUGAAGAAGCGCUCAAGAAUGGCGGUCGCAUGAAUCUGUAUUCAGGAGCUCCCUCUGAGGAUUGCACAGACAACUCAAAUUAUGGCUGUGAAAGAACAUCAGGCGCUGCAGCAGAUGGUAACUAUAUCAACCCUAUUCAGUCUGCAAGAAUCAGAACGAUUGACUCGGUGACCCUCAAGUAUGGUAAGGUAGAAGUGAGGGCAAGAUUACCCACUGGAGACUGGCUAUGGCCUGCCAUUUGGAUGCUGCCCAAGUAUUCUGCUUAUGGUAGCUGGCCUGCGAGUGGCGAGAUUGAUAUUCUUGAAUCAAAGGGCAACCCCAAUUAUGCGCAUGGCAACACAUCUACCAUCAUGUCUACCUUGCAUUGGGGCCCCAACACAUAUCAAAACAAGUACCUGUUGACUACCGAGCAACUAAUAGCCAAGCGAGGAAGCACCUGGGCAGACGACUUUCAUACGUAUGGCUUGGAAUGGACCAAGGAAGGCCUAAGAACCUACGUGGACAAUGAUACCAUUCUGCAAGUGGACUUUGACAAGACAUCCUGGCAGCGUGGUGAGUUUACCAAGCCAACCAUGAACCCUUGGAAGGGCGGCGACAUCUCUGCGCCCUUUGACCAAGAGUUUUACUUGAUUAUGAAUCUAGCUGUGGGUGGUGUCAAUGGCUACUGGCCUGAAGAUGAGAGCAAACCAUGGCAGAAUGACGAUCCUCAUGCUCCCAAUGCGUUUUACAAUGCAAAGAAAAAGUGGCUGCCUACGUGGGGCAAAGGCAAUAAGCGUGCAAUGGCGAUUGAUUGGGUCAAGAUGUGGUCCACAGAGACAGACACAUGUGCCUUCAGAUUCAAACCACUCAAAGCCUUGUAA